AAGAAUGCAACCCCUAACCUUAAUGUUUUGAUUAGUUUUAUUAAUGCAUGUUUUAUUUAAAUAUACCAUAACUUUUUUAAAUUUUCUUAAAAUAUUGCAAAAAGUGUCAGAUAAUGGCAGGAUCAGCUUUAAGACGUUUAAUGGCUGAAUAUAAACAGUUAACAUUAAAUCCCCCAGAAGGAAUUAUAGCUGGCCCAGUAAACGAAGAAAAUUUUUUUGAAUGGGAGGCACUCAUCACAGGUCCUGAAGGUACUUGUUUCGAAGGUGGAGUUUUUCCUGCAAAGUUAGUUUUUCCCCCAGAUUAUCCAUUAAGUCCACCAAAAAUGCAGUUUACAUGCGAAAUGUUUCAUCCAAAUAUUUAUUCAGAUGGUAGAGUUUGUAUUUCAAUUUUACAUGCUCCUGGGGAUGACCCAAUGGGUUAUGAAUCGAGUGCAGAACGAUGGUCUCCAGUUCAAAGUGUGGAAAAGAUUCUUCUGUCUGUUGUGAGCAUGUUAGCGGAACCUAAUGAUGAAAGCGGUGCAAACGUCGAUGCUGCAAAAAUGUGGAGAGAAAAUAGAGACGAAUUCAAUAAAAUAGCUCAGAGAAUUGUGAGAAGAACGUUAGGCAUUCCCAAUUGAAUUAUUCGAUUUUAUUAGGCACUUUUGUAAUUGAAGAAUUUAUUUACUUAUUGAAACUUUUACUGUUUUUCUCUAAUAAGUAAUAAAAUUGCUAUAAUAAAUGUUA